AAAAUAUAUACACAAUACCAAAUUUAUUAUGCAUAUCAAGGAUAAUGCUAUCACCAUUUCUAGGUAUGUUAAUAAUUCAGGCAGAAUUUCAAUAUGCUCUUGCUGUAUUAGGUAUUGCUGCAGUAACUGAUUUGCUGGAUGGCUGGAUUGCAAGAACAUGGGAAAGUCAAUCUUCAAACUUAGGUAGUUUCUUGGAUCCUAUGGCUGAUAAGGUUCUAAUUGCCACUUUAUUUUUAUCACUAACAUAUGCUGAACUUAUACCUGUAAUUUUAACGGGGAUGAUUAUUGGAAGAGAUGUACUUUUGGUCACUGCAGGAUUUAUUAUUCGAUACCAGUCUUUGCCCCCACCGAAAACGUUAAGCCGCUAUUUUGAUGCGUCUCAUGCCACAGCUAAAUUGGCGCCCACUCUUAUUAGUAAAGUCAAUACAGGCAUUCAGCUUUUGUUGGUCGGUUCAACAUUAGCGGCCCCAGUGUUUCAAUAUGUUAAUCACCCAGCGUUACAAACGUUAUGGUAUGUAACGGGGGUAACGACUGUGGCUGCGGGGUUGAGUUAUAUCAUGUCCAAAAAUACCUACAAAAUAUUGACGAAAGAGAAAUAGACAAAAAUUAACUCAUUUAUUGCUUUGUAUAAUAGUAUAUAAUUUAAGUGCAAUUAUAAUUGACCUGACGUGUGUAUAUACAUAUAUAUAAUGUAAAUAAAUAUAUUUUUACAAAUUAUAAAAAGUGGCCAGAAAUAUUACUGACUAAUAAGCA